AUGGUAUUUGGACAUCAUAGUAACAAAGAAAAGUCUCAAGGUGAAUACGUCGAAGUCCUCUACGAGUUUAAACCUCAGAAUAAAGAAGAUCUACAUAUAAAACCCGGGGAUAAGGUCGAAGUGGUGGAAAAAUUAUCUGCGGACUGGUACAAGGGUAAAUGCAAUGGUAAGGAAGGUAUGUUCCCUGCUAAUUACGUAAAGCCUGUAGGCGGUGGAGAUGCAGCUUCAAGACCGGCACCACCUCCACCUGAACAAGCUCAAGCUCAACCGCAACAAGAGGCCCCACAACCACAGGAGCAGCCCCAACAGCAAGGUCAGCCCAUGGUGGUAGAGCAAGACAAGCCCAAGCACCGUCACCACGCCCUGGGUAAAGUCGGCAGUAAGUUGGGUAACGCUGCCAUCUUUGGUGUCGGUGCGACAUUAGGUAACGAUUUGGUUGACUCCAUUUUUUAA